UAAGUGUGGAUACUCACAGCAGCCUCCAUAGAUUCCCUGUUGAAAGCUGGUGAAGAAAUAACCACUUCUCAGAUUUGUCUUGUCCUUCAAUAUGAAUCUAAAACAGGAAGUAUUCAUGAACUGACAUGGGUCAACAUACUUCUCAUUACCAGGCAAAAAGGAGAAGCCACAACACUUAACUCCUGAUCUGGAGUCUAAGAGAAUUUCUGAGUUCAGUGAAGGGUGCCUGAAAACAGAGUCUGAUAAUCAAUUGAUCUGACGUUCAUGAAUGAGAGGAACAAAAUUCUGUGCACACAUGAAUCCUUUCGUGAGUCCUUGAUGUGAUACUCCUUCCCAGGGAGAAGUGGAAAUCAUGAAACAGAAUUUGAUAUUGUCAGUUCAAAUUCUAUUGUUGCUUCCUCUGUCAACAGCGGGCCUGACAGGUCAAUCAUUCCCUGGAAAACCUAAGAUAAUAAGAUGUCGUUCUCUAGAAAAGGAAACCUUUUCUUGUUGGUGGAAGCCUGGUUCAGAUGGAGGACUUCCUACCAAUUACACCCUGUUCUACAGCAAGGACAGUGAAGAAAAAAUCUAUGAAUGUCCAGACUACAGAACAUCAGGUCCCAAUUCCUGCUACUUCAAUAAAAACCACACUAAUCCAUGGACAACAUAUAAUAUCACUGUAACAGCAACGAAUGAGAUUGGAAGUAACAGCUCGGAUCCUCAGUAUGUGGAUGUGACCUCCAUAGUUCAGCCAGGUUCUCCUGUGAAUCUCACUCUAGAAACGAAAAGAUCUGCUAAUAUAAUGUACCUUUGGGCAAAAUGGUCUCCACCUCUAUUAGCUGCUGCCAGCUCUAAUCAUUUAUAUCGCUAUGAGCUACGACUAAAACCUGAGGAAAAGGAAGAGUGGGAGACAAUAUCUGUUGGAGUAGAGACACAGUGCAAAAUAAAUAGGUUAAAUGCUGGCGUGAGGUACGUUGUCCAGGUCCGUUGUGUGUUGGACCCUGGAGAAUGGAGUGAAUGGAGCUCUGAAAGACGGAUUCUGAUCCCCAGUGGACAGUCACCUCCUGAAAAGCCUACAAUAAUAAAAUGCCGUUCCCCAGAAAAGGAAACAUUUACCUGUUGGUGGAAACCUGGUUUAGAUGGAGGGCAUCCUACUAACUACACUUUACUUUACAGCAAAGAAGGAGAGGAACAAGUUUAUGAAUGUCCAGAUUACAGAACUGCAGGCCCCAAUUCCUGCUACUUUGAUAAAAAGCACACUUCCUUCUGGACCAUAUACAAUAUUACUGUCAGGGCAACUAAUGAAAUGGGAAGUAACAGCUCAGAUCCUCAUUAUGUGGAUGUGACCUACAUAGUACAGCCUGAUCCUCCCGUGAAUGUAACUCUAGAAUUAAAAAAGCCAACAAAUAGAAAACCAUAUCUGGUACUGACAUGGUCUCCACCCCCACUGGCUGAUGUCAGAUCUGGAUGGCUUACCCUUGAGUAUGAAUUGCGACUGAAGCCUGAAGAAGGAGAGGAAUGGGAGACUAUUUUUGUUGGACAGCAAACACAAUAUAAAAUGUUUAGUUUAAAUCCAGGAAAGAAGUAUAUUGUACAGAUUCACUGCAAACCAGACCACCAUGGAUCAUGGAGUGAAUGGAGCUCUGAAAAGUAUAUUCAGAUUCCUAAUGACUUCAGAGUAAAAGAUAUGAUUGUGUGGAUCAUCCUGGGUGUCUUGUCAUCUCUCAUAUGUUUAAUCAUGAGCUGGACGAUGGUUUUAAAAGGGUACAGAAUGGUAACUUUUAUCCUACCACCAGUUCCAGGACCAAAGAUAAAAGGCAUAGAUACACAUCUGUUAGAGGCAGGGAAAUCUGAAGAACUGUUGAGUGCGCUUGGUUGCCAUGGUUUCCCUCCAACAUCAGACUGUGAGGAACUACUGAUAGAGUAUCUGGAAGUAGAGGACAGCGAGGAUCAGCAGCUCAUGCCAAGUCAUGACAAUGGUCAUCCCAGUAAAAAUGCAAAAAUUACACCCAAGGAAACAGACAGUGACUCGGGACGAGGGAGCUGUGACAGCCCUUCCCUGCUUUCUGAAAAGUGCAGGGUGACCUGCACCCUUCCGUCAAUGCUUCAGACACAAGAUGUAAGAGAAGUUCAAGAAAAGAAAGCAGGGAAGAGGAGCUGGGAAACUCAGUGUGUAGCCUCAGAAAGUAAAUCACUCCUUUUUAGCAGUGAGAAUGCAAAAUCAUCCACAUGGCCUGCAGUUCAGUUACCUAACAAUCAGCCUCCUAUGUUUGCAUAUCACAGCAUUGUAGAUGCGCAUAAGAUAACACUGAGUACCACAAAUAUGAAUGUUGCAGCAGUUUUGAUGGAAAAUGAAGAAAAACAACAAUCACGGUAUUCUAUCCCUGAAACCAUCCCUGGAGACAUGGAAAAGCAAGGAGAGAUGGAGAAUUUGCAUUCCAGUACUGAGCAAACCACAGUGCAGGUCAAACAAAACAGGUCUAAUGAGAAGUCACCAUUUUUGGAUGCUGCACUCAUGGAUUAUGUAGAAGUUCACAAAGUCAGACAGGAUGAGGAACCAGCAGUAUUACUGAAACAUAAAGAAAACAGUGGAAAGAUUGAAAAAUACACUAUUUCAGGAGCCAGCAAAGAAUACACAAAGGUUUCCACAGUCAUGGACCAUAAUAUUCUAGUAUUAAUGCCAGAUUCACGAGUUCUGCACACACCUGCACCUCAAGAACCUGCAAAAGAAACGUCUCAGAACCUUCAGCAAGGUCAAGUUGAAAAAAACAUGGGCUACUGUCUGACAGCUCCAAGUGACUGCAAAAGAGAAACUAGUGGAUCAGAGUACAUGGACCCGUCCUCAUUUAUGCCCUCCUUUAAAUAACUAAAAGUUUGAUCACUCUUCAUCAGGUAAUGCUACAGAAUGAAUCAAAUACAAUCAGUAUGAUAAUGCUAUGGGUUAAGAUUAUGCUACUACAUCACAACUGUAGCUUGUACCUUUUCCUAGCUGGUAAGUGUGAUUUACAUAUGAUUUUGUUAAUAGUUAUGUACAGUAAAAAAAACCAAAACAAAACAAAAAAAAAACCAACAAAAACCACAUAGCAUAUAGUUCCUUUAAAAAAUAGCCUUGGAUGUGUAUUAUAUAAAGAACAGAAUAAACUGUGGGUUGAGAUAAUAAUUGUAUCAGUAAAUCCUGGAUCACUGACACGCGUUUCUUACAGAAGGAAAUGUGGACAUGGUACUACAUGUCAUGAAAAAUACAUUGUGAAUUAAUUAUUCAGUUCUGCAGUUCUUCUGUUAUUUGAUCAAACCUAAGGGAAUUUUGCAGAUUCAACAAAGACUGAGAUUGUUAUGGCUUGGUACACCAUAAUUGUCUGAGCAGUUUCUAAAUCAGAUAAAUCAUUACACAGUAACACUGAUCUGCAAUGUAUUUUUUUCUGAAUGUAUUGUGACCUUAGAUUAAGUUUUCUUUAUAUUCUUUAUCAGUUCUUAAGAAAAAAUGAACCUCUUGUGUAUGAAAAACCAUAUAUGAAAGACAAUAUGUUUAACUGAUAGCAUUAAAAUAACAAAUUCUUCACAAUAUGACAGAAAACUUUGCAUCCUGUUCCAAUCAAACCAAACACGAAAAGAUAGGAGGACACUAUUUGAGGCACUGCCUUACUGUAUAUAUUAUACAAUUCUACUUUAGUACAGUCCCAUACAAUUAACAAUGUAUUUUUAAAGGCUAUUUUUCUAUUACCAAAAAAAAAAAAGAAAAAGCAAAAUAAAAUAUUUUUUAAUUUCCCAAUGUUAUUUUGCUAAUUAGCAACUUUUCUGUUUCCUUCUGCUGAAACAGAAGUAACAAGUAAAGCUGCCAUUUCUAUACAAAGCAUAAAGUUAAACUUUAUACUAAUUAAGAAUAUGAAGUAAUUUUUAAACUAUAUUUCUAAUAUAUUGCUGAUGUAUUACUAUUUGAAUUGUAAAUUAUUUAUUUCAGAUGUUUUUUACCAGCUGUUAUUAUAAAAUUAAACUAGAGUCUAGGUUUUGAGAGUAAAGCUUCUUUCCCACUUGGUUUGUACUCUGUUGUCAGUCACGAUCAUCUGCAUCCUUAGCCAUUGUGUACAUCUUUAUCUGAGCUGGGAAGGCAAGUUUGAAGUCAGACUUAUCACAAUCAACAUACCAAAAUGAAUUCUGGAAUCCAUUCUCCACAAUCAGAAUAUGAGGCAUAUCCAGUGCUCUGCUGAAAUAGUGAUGGGAGUGAGACAAGAGUCCAUGUCGGUGGGCUAGACAACUGCCCAAGGAACAGCAGUGGAAACACUGCAGAUUCUUCUUCCCGUGUGUAACUGGAGGUGGAAUCAAAAUGGUAAUGGAAUCACUAUGAACUCACUAUGGCCCUUCUUGAAACAAAAGUUAAAUAUACUCCAGGAAAGUUAUUAAUGAGUGAUGGCUGAUUAAAGCUGGGUCAAGUAUUUAGCAAAUAGCACUAGCUUCCAGGGAGAAUUCGGAGCAUAAGGUAAACAAAAUUGUACUGUACAUGAUGUGGAAAGUAUAUUUACCAUAGAUGAGCUCUCUUCUUUCUUGUCCUUCCUGUACAGCAUCAUAUUUCUCUAGCUUUUUAUGAUUUUUUGCACUGAGCCAGCCUUCCUGCAGUAUCAGGUAACCUUCUGCAGAGCCACACAGAACAGAUGCUCUGAUUUUGAAGGUUACAGAAGGCUGCGUCUACUUUGUCAAAUCAGAUUCUCAUAUUAUAUACUUCCAUGCCAUGGAACUGCUCAAAUACAGAUCUGUUAAGCUGUCUGUCUUUCACUGGCAGGACUUUAGAUUUUAACUAAUUAUCUGUGUGUGUAUAUAAACACGUGUUGGGGAUACUGCAACUUUUACUUUAGGUAUCAAAUGUAGAGUCUGUGAACUCUACUUGCAAUGUGCUGCCCACUUCUGGAGGAUGAUCAGGGCAGUUCGGAUGUUCUGCUGAAUGUGUAGCGAGAGAUCUUAAAUUCUUAAUCCAGCCACUCAGUUUAGCACUUGAAGACAUGAAGUGGCUACUUCAGAGAGCAGCCAAGCAUAAAAUUUUGUUUAGUUAUCGGUAGCGGGACUAUUUUAUUGUAGCAUUUGUACUAUAUCUUAUAGAUUUUCUAGAAAUAUUAAGAAGUACUGAAAAGAAAGUGUCAAGCUAUCAGUCAAAACUGGAAUGUUUUGCAGGACAGUAAAAUCUGUGUGUCCACGUGUUUAAGCUGAUAGUGUACUAUCUCCUUUUGACAGUGCUUCAUUCUUCUGGUCGUAAAGCUCCAUUUUUCUGGUUGAAUCUCAAAGAGCUGAUUCAUAUAAGACAUAUUCUCUUACCUUACACAGAUAGCCAUACCUGAACCAAGCAGCUAUUUCUCACUCCUAGCAGCAAGUAUAAGGAUGUGUUGCUGCAGGCCUUUGUUUUCUCCCUCUGGUGAUGCAUAGAGGCUAUAGAAUCUUAUCAGAAUACAGCUUGAUGAUGUUCCUUACGUAGUGCAUUUUUUGGACCAUAUACAGGUUGUUAUGGAGUAUGUGACAAGGUGUCAGCAGCAGGCUGUUCUAUGGGCUACGUUUGAUCAUAGGCAGGCAGAUACAAUUUCUAGCAGAUGUUAAGUAUAUUAUUUGUCCUGCCUAACUGAAAGUAUCUGUAUGCGUACUUAGUUUAUAAUAUAGGCAUAGAGUCUAGAGCAUGAUUUGCCUGAAAAAUAAUUGUUUCUGCUUCAGGACGAUAUGCUUCAGACUCCACUGGCUGUUACUAUGUUUCUCUAUCCUAGAUUGCUCGAAUCAGAGUGUGUGGCUCUCAAGCCUAAAAAUAAAAAUUUAAAUAUUUUUUUCAUUUUAUUUAUUUUUUCAAAAAUAUUUUCUGAAUUGACAUUGCUUAAAGUGAAAAAUACAGGCUGUGUUAGUACUGUGAGGUAUGUCCAAUUCUAUUGCAGCUGUUGGGUCCCAGGAACAUCAUCAACUUUAUCACCUUGAGUUCAUAAAGCCCAAAAGAUCAGCUUUUCUUCUAAGUUGCCAGAAGAAAAAAACAAUCAACCAAAUAAACAAACAAAAAAAGGAGUAUUUUUGCAUAGAAAAAAAAAAAAAAAAAAAAAAAACAGCACCAAAAUUGAAAGGUACUAAAAAGAAACCCCUCCAGUAGUUCACAGAUUCUCCAUCAGCAAGAAAACUGAGUCAGAGUUUUUCUAUGCCUAUCCAUAGAUUAGUUCUGAAACUGCCAGAUAGCUGUAGCUUCAGUUACCUUAUGGGGCAUAAGUGCUUUCCCACCUUUGCCAGUGAGAGUCCCAUGAUGCCAAAUCAUCAUGGCUUUCUGUGAAGUCAGGAAUUCUACCCGAGUGGAAAUGGCACGUUUUUGGUUGCUUGUGAGUAACCCAGCUUUUUGGAGAAUCUGCUAGCUCAAUAUGACUUGAACACACAUUUUUCAUGAACAUACAUCAUCCUUUAAGCUGAACAAAUGUGCAGUUGGAUUAUUUUUCCUUUGGAUGCACUUUCAUUGUCCAAAACAACCUGUUACUUCUCAGGUGAGAGUAACACCUUCUAAAAGUGGCCUUGAACAUCUUUACAGAACUUUUGCACAUCAAAGGAGAAUAAAAUUCUGUAAAAUCAGAAUAAUAUUCAGCGAAGUUUGAGGGCCUUUGGGUGUUGAAAUGUUUCAUUCUGUCUUGUUCGCAACAUUAUUUUUUUAUUACAGCUCUUCAAGGAAUAGCUUUUUAUUAUGAAAUAGAUGAGAUUUUGUAGCAAUUGUACACAGUGGAUUCUUGUAAAGUUAUGAUAUACCCUCAUGUAAUAACAGGUUCCUGACACCUCUUUCAAUAUACAGUGGUUAAGCAUGUAACAGAGUUUACCCCAGGAACUGGGAUGAGCCCCCUCAGUCUUGCACCAAAUUUCUCACUUUGAGUGAAGUUUGAAUGUUUUUCUGUGUAUGUGUGUGUGUGUAUGUUAAAUGUAUCACUUUUAAGUUUCAGUAGCAUAAAAGUCUUUUCAGAAAAUUAAUUUUAUAAAUUCAUUAAUUUGAAUAUAUAUUUUAAUACUCUUAUUGACAGUUUUCUUCAGUAUUGAGAAAUGCAACUCGUUCUCACUUUUCAAAUUAGACCUGUUCUUUUAGCGAGGACAACAUUGAUUCACAAUUCUAAUAUUUCAGUAUGGUGUUCCUGACUUGAAGAAAUCUCAUUUACUGAAGUGGACAUGUGCUGCCAAAAAACUUAUUUUCACAUAAAAUGAAGGUUUGAGGAAUGCUCGUGAUGAUACUCUGUAACUACAAAGGAUUAUUUAAUUACAUUGUAGUCAUUUGACCUUAUAUAAUACUAAUAAGGGGAUAUAUGUGUUUAUAGAACAAACUGAAACACAAAAAUAUAGUGCUAAUCAGUUUAUAUUAAAGCAGUGAGUUCUGUGGUGUAUUUGUUUAUGUGUAUAUGUUUAGAUGGCUGGAAAAUCUAUAAUUGCUUUAAAUGUCAUUUAAGUAUUUAAAGUGUAGUAGUAGCAGCAGAUGUUAAAAGCGAAUAAGAACCAUUUUAUUUGUUAUCUCUGAAGCACUGUACAUGUGGAGUUCACAUCAUUAAGCCUGUAAGUGUGUUUGGUAAUCUCUCAUCAACUGUAAAGAGUUUGAAAGUGUUGGGCGAGGAUACCAAAGUCAUCUAAGCCGGUUUAUGAACAGUAGAAAUUUUCUACAAAGCCAUAAAGACAAAUGAAAUGAAAGUUUCAUGAGAUCAGGCACCAUAUUCUUAAAGAAUCACUACCUCAGAUAUUUUGUGGUUGGUUUUUUUUUCCCCCACUCCCUUUUAAAAGGCAGACAAGCAUUUUCCUUUUGUGUGUCAAACUGCAAAUUGAUUUAAAAUGUUGUUUGUCAUGUCUGAAUUGUUUGUAAUGGACAGCUUGUCAUGAAAUCAUCGGUUUUGUCCUGCUGGUAUGAUGGGAUGUGAGAGAUGCAUAGCUAAAUAAGAAGAGUUUUUGUGUGGGGAAAAAAACAACAAAGUUUUCAUCUUGUAGGGAAAGCCAUGCUGACCAGCUUGGCAGUCACUAUUUUCCCCUUCCUGUUUUCUGCCACUGCCUGUGUGCUCAACUCUCUAGGACUGAGCAAGCUGAGCUCUCAGAGAUGCUCUGAUUCUGGAUCCCACCAAUGGAACCGAUCACUUGUUAGUACUUACUGUUUAGUAAGACCUGCUUUCAGUUGAGUUUCUGAGAAGGAAAUCUUCAAACCGUUCCUGAGUGAGUGAAAACAGAGACUAGUCCCAGUUUCAGCUGUCCCAAAACACAUACUGAAAACCAAGUCGCUGACUUCCUUCAGUUCCACUGAUAGUGGUGUGGAAGGAUUGACUGAAUUACACUGAGCUGGAAAAACCUCGUGUCUCAGUCUUGAAAAUCGUUUUAAAACAAAUAAAGGAAUUUCUUCAUCUUUCCUGUGUAUGUCAAGCAGGAGAUAAGGAUAAAUGGAAUACAGAAACACGCUGUGUAUGAUGAAAGAAAGAGUGGCUUAUGAUUGGAGAAGUGACACGGUUGCUGCAUGUGUCAGAGCAGACGAAUACAGUCAGGACGCUGUAGAAUGGUGACUGCAGUUGAGAAGACAGGGAGGGAGAACAAAAAAUAAAAACAAAAGAAUAAAAUGUGUGAGUAGUUAAAAAAAAACAAAAAACAAAAAGCAGUAAAGUGGUAAACAUGUUCUUAAGGGGGAAAAAAAAUACUUCUACAUCAAAAUGGGAAUGUGGUCAGCUACUUGAGAUAGUCCACAAAAGAUAGUCAUGCCUCAUUAUGUGCUAACCAGCUGGUAAGAUGCUGAAAUUGGCUACACAGAUCAUCUGUUACAUACAAAGUGAAAAAGACUUACACAUGCAAGUUGGUCACUCUGUUUAUAAUAAUUAUGGCAUUUUCUCCCAAUAAUCUGGAAUUGGUUCCUGGCAAACUGUGUUUGCACAGCCAGGCCCCUCCUCUAAUCUGCUGUUGUAUUUCCUACAUUCAUUAGGAAAAAAUUCAAAAAAACAAAGUGCACCACACUGUCUUUAAAUAAAACUUCAAUUUUUGUUAUUAUUUCUUUUUCCAGAUGAUUUUUAUUUAUCUAUUUACAAUGUCUCGCAGGUACACUUACCAUUCCUAAGCAUUCUUCUACUGGUUAAAUGAGCUGUAGACUCCAAGGGAUAAAGCAUUUUGUGGCUACUAGCACAUGGUCUGUAGACAUUUCUGGGCAUUGUUUAGUUUGUACCUGUGGCAAUCAAAACAUUAACAUUUUCCUUAACCACGUCUGUUUCUUGGUGAUAAAUUCUUGAGAUUUGCCAAGACAUUUAAAAUACAUUUCUGCCACUUCAUAUAAUCUUUUAACAGAGACGAUGUACAUCAGAAGUAAUUCUAAAGUUGCCUGAAUUAUUUGUAUGGCCUCUUGCCACGCUGAUAGGCUAAAAACAUGGGUGUAUACUCAACAUUGGUGCACAGAGAAGUUAGAAAUAAGGAAGAUUUUUCACAUUUUUUUUGUUAUCAGAAUUCAAAGCUAUUAGGCAGUUUUACUCUGUGGUGCUGCUUGUUUUGGUCUAUGUCUUUAUCUGGUGAAUUUUUCUUUGGAGAAUGCUGCUUCUGUUUUAGUGAGCUGCUGAGUACCUUCACCUCAUUUUGACAUAAGUAAAAAUGGACAGAUUUUGCUUCAUUUCCUACAAGAAUCGUAGUGUUGGGGUUUAAAGACACAGCACUGAGUAGAAUUUUUAGAGGAUUCUGGGAAUCUUUGUAGAUGGCACUCAUAGAAAGUAUCCUUUGAGUAGGACAGAAUAUAUAUAUAUAUAUGUUAAGUAAUACACAGAUUUUUCUACAAAAUACAGGUGAAAGUGUUAUGAUGUCAAACAAUAUGUUUCAAUGUUCAUAAUGCUGUAGACUUCUCUGAAUACUCAUCCCCAGGUCUGUCAUUCCAAAAGGAAGAGGAAAAACUACUACUCAGAUAUAUUCAGAAGGGAUCCCCUGGGCUGCUACACUGCUGUUCAUUUUGCAUCAUGUAAAGCAGCUUUUAAUUCUGACCACAAAUACCACUCUUCAUCUGGAAUGACUCAGCCAUCAGUUGUGUGAAUGCAUUAUAUUUCUCAGAGAUACUCAGCACUGUCUGAAUUUCUGAAAUCUUUAUAUUGUGCUUCAUGUAAUUGUUUCUUUUUUGAGUCAGUGUAUAAAACAGCAAUAUCAGAGUUCCUGCUCUGAAUAGGUUCUGCCCAGGAAAAAAAUAUAUAUAUAUCAGGAAUCACCAAUUAAUUGUAUUCGUUCAAAUUUCUGGCAUGCUGUUAAAUGCAGGGAAGAGUCUCUGGAAUUUCCUUGUCUUAGAUAGUGGCAGCAGGUCUCCCAGAGAAACUUAGGUACAAAUCAAGUUGUNAAACAGCAUGCACAGUAUACGACAUGCUUCCCAACUAAGAAAGAGCCAGUCCAAUAUUUAAAGCUUUUUGUUUCUUUUAUAUAUAUAUAUAUAUAUAUAUGUAUGUAUGUAUGUAUAUAUAUAUACUUGUGUAAGCAAAUUCAUUCUCAGCCUUGCAAUAUAAGCUAGGUGAUUUUUUUAUUUCUCAGUUUCAUUUUCAGAAUUUGCAUGCGAUCUGGAAUAUUCAAGUUAUUGUAGUGUCGUUACUUUAGCAGCACAAUGACUUGAAGCACAACUAUUCUAUGAAGCGGACCCAAACGUUUUGUAAAUUUUUAAAAAUUAAAAAAAUUAUAGAACGUAGAUUUCAUAUUCAGUAUGUACAUUGGUUGGGACGUACUGGUAUAAAAACAGUUGCUCAGGAAUAUCUUCAUUGUUUCUAAGUGUAUUUGAAGGGAAAUGCUUUAAAAUGAUGUAUUUUUUAAGUUCUUGAUAUGGAAAAUGCUGGCUUUAAUAAAAUCUGGUAGCAAUUUCACUUGUAAGAUCAAUAUUGUUACUGAAGUCUGUAGCUUUCUGGUGGACUUUUCUAUAUUUUGUCAUUGUAAAAUCUCUUUGCAAUGGUGUUCGCAUUUCAAUUUAAUAAAAGCUCUUGAAUAGAA